GUGUAGAUUUUUAUAUUACUCUGUCAAUAAAAUAAGAAUUGAACAAAAAAUACCCAUUCUGUUAAGUGAUUGUAAAUAUGAUGAAAUGAAGUGCUGUUGGAACAGACUCUGAUAAUGUGAACUAAUGUGUAUUAAAUAAUUGAGUUUAAUAUAUUUACUCUAAUAUUUAUCAACGCUGUUUAAAGGUUUCAUUGUUUUUACACAAUUUGAAAAUGAGUUCUACAGUCAAGUUAGGUGGUACCACCACCGGUACACUAGCUUCCACGAUCGACACAACCAGUAAUUCAAAAACAUCCAUUAAUCAUGGGUUAAAUUUGGCUUCGCAUUUAAAUUCUCAACAUUUACUACCAAGUAGUGUCCAAGAAGUUUUGAUAAAUUCUAAUUCAGCAGGUCACACAAUUGCAGCUCCUCUAAAUUCAAAUGCUUGCCCAGUUGUUAAGCCAACUAUAGAUAGCAAAAUUGUAGGUGAUAAAGCACCUGUUGAUAAUAAUAUUGGCAUGGAAAACAUAAAUAUUGAGCCCAAGACAAAUAUAGAAAAUAAAAUUAAUGCCGAUAAUAAGGUUAUGGAUGAAAGUAAACAAAUUUUAUCUGAACUUGCUACAAAUUGCACUGUAGAAAAACCACAACCUGUUGUUGAAACAAAAUCACAAGUUGUAGAUGAGAAAAAACUGGUGCCUAGCAUCGCAAAAGUUAACAACUCAGUUAAAAUUGAUGGGGUAAAUGCCGAUGGGGAAAAUAAAAUUGAUGAGCCAGCUAGUUUAAUAAAGAAUAAUGUAAACAAUGAUCCGGUCAUUACAACGAAUCAAACUAAAGCAGAAGUUGACACUGAUUCUAGUACUAAAGUCCCCGAGGCUGAAAAUAAAGUAUCCGUAGAACCAAUUAGUGUAAAAACCAAAGAACCAGAAAGUCCAAAAUCACCUACCACAGUUAAUCCUAAUAACAAUGUUACUUCUACAGUCUCAUCUCCAGUUAGUAUAAGUACAGAGGUUACUACUACUCAAAUUACAUCGACUCCUCCUGCAGAGAAUAGAUUUAUUGCAAAACCAGCAAGCACUAUGAAGUUAGCUACCGUUUCUAGAACUCACAUUAAGAGGAAAAGAGAUUUGAAAAUGAGUGUUAAUAGUACACAGGAUUCAUUGGAAGGUAGUGAUACUGAAGUUUCCGAAGAGAGUCCACAAAAAUCCAAACGAGCACGUGUUAAAACACAACCAUAUCAAAGUCCUUUACCUGAAUUUGCUUUGAUUACUAAGCUUUCAGCAAGUAUGGCUAAAUCUAAAACGAGUGAUGACAAGCUAAUCAUAUUUUACAAGAAUGAAUUUUUGGCAGUUCGCAAUUCAGAAGGUGGAUUUUUUAUUUGCCAAGCUAUGCAAAAUGUCUACAAAUCUUCACCUAAAAUUCGCAUUCUUUGGUUGUCUCAAGACGAAAAUGAUUCUACAGGAGAAACAUAUUCACCAGAUUUUUAUGACUUUAUAGAUUUUGAUUGCAUUUUAACAAAUUUGAACCUAAAUAGAAUGGAUAAACGUUUGUAUAAAUUGCCUCCUGCAGAAUUAGAGCGCACCAAAAGUAUUCUACAGCGUGCUCUUAAUGUGGAACAAGGAAUUUGUUCUAAUUUAGAUAUUACUGAAGAACACCCUGAUGGACUUGAUUUGUCAUUGUAUCGCGAUGAAGCUCAGCUUGAUAAUAAAAAGAAAAAAGCAGCUAAGGCAAAGAGGAAAGCUGAAUUGCUUGAAGCAAAGUUGGCUAAAAAACAUUUACAUGCAAUCAAUAAAAAAUCUAAAAAAAUUAAGAAAUCCCACAAGAAAAGAAAAGUAAAUAGUGCUGCUAUAGUUAAGGCGACAAAAUCUAAAAUUGCUUCUAAACGUGCCUCACCUAAUAAAAAGGAAAGCUAUGCGCCAGUGAAGUCGGUAGCAUCCAGCAGCCGCAGUCGCACAGCUGCUAUAGUACCUGUUGCAUCGACAUCUAAAGCAAAAAAUAGUACAUCAAAGAGAAAAGCACAAGAAUCUACUAGAGCUGCUGCAACACAAAGCGCAAAAGUUCGGUCUUCAGGCAGGAAUGCAACUGUGCCAGUGGCAACAACAAGCCGAUCCACUCGUACUGCAAAAUUGACAAAGGAUAAGCGUGGUCAAAAGUAAGUUAUUAGUAAUAAGUAGUUUUUAAGCAGAUAUUUUACAUUCACAUGUUCUAUGUUGAAACAAAUUCGUGUGUACAUCUAAAAAAUUGUGCAUGUAUGUUAUACUAAAUGUGUGACUAAGCUCAUAGGCAAAUUUAUAUCAACAAGGAUAACUGUUGUAACUAUAGAUACAUUUUGAAUGUGAAAAAUCAUUUUAUAGGAUAAUGCACAUGUAUUUUUAAUUA